ACACGGGACCUGCUUCGAAGCCGCUUUGGCGCCAAAUCCUGAGGUUCUCUAAUGAUCUUGCUUCACCAUGGCUACAAAUAUGGAGGGGCUGGUUCAGCACAGAGUGGGGACCCAGCAGGUGGCUGAGGUACCACGUACACAGACUUCUCGGCCAGAAUCUCCAGGGAUGACCAGCCCCUCCCCACGCAUCCAGAUAAUCUCCACUGACUCUGCAGUAGCCUCACCUCAGCGCAUCCAGAUUGUGACAGACCAGCAGACAGGGCAGAAGAUCCAGAUAGUCACCGCAGUGGACACCUCUGGAUCCCCCAAGCAGCAGUUCAUCUUGACCAGCCCUGAUGGAGCUGGAACUGGGAAGGUGAUCCUGGCUUCCCCAGAGACAUCCAGUGCCAAGCAGCUCAUAUUCACCACCUCGGACAACCUUGUCCCUGGCAGGAUCCAGAUCGUCACAGACUCUGCUUCUGUGGAGCGUUUGCUUGGGAAGGCUGAGGUUCAGCGGCCCCAGGUGGUAGAGUACUGUGUGGUCUGUGGGGACAAAGCCUCUGGCCGUCACUAUGGGGCUGUCAGUUGUGAAGGCUGCAAAGGUUUCUUCAAAAGGAGCGUAAGGAAAAAUUUGACCUACAGCUGCCGGAGCAACCAAGACUGCAUCAUCAAUAAGCACCACCGGAACCGCUGUCAGUUUUGCCGGCUGAAGAAAUGCUUAGAGAUGGGCAUGAAAAUGGAAUCUGUACAGAGUGAACGGAAGCCCUUUGAUGUACAGCGGGAGAAACCAAGCAAUUGUGCUGCUUCAACUGAGAAAAUCUAUAUCCGGAAAGACCUGAGAAGUCCUCUGAUUGCCACUCCCACAUUUGUGGCAGAUAAAGAUGGAACAAGACAAACAGGUCUUCUUGAUCCAGGGAUGCUUGUGAACAUCCAGCAACCUUUGAUACGUGAGGAUGGUACUGUUCUUCUGGCCACAGAUUCCAAGGCUGAAACAAGCCAGGGAGCUCUGGGCACACUAGCAAAUGUAGUAACCUCCCUUGCCAACCUAAGUGAAUCCCUUAACAAUGGUGACACUUCGGAAAUGCAACCAGAGGACCAGUCUGCAAGUGAGAUUACUAGGGCAUUUGAUACCUUAGCUAAAGCACUUAAUACUACAGACAGCUCCUCGCCUCCAAGCCUGGCAGAUGGAAUAGACACCAGUGGAGGAGGGAGCAUCCAUGUCAUCAGCAGAGACCAAUCCACACCCAUCAUUGAGGUUGAAGGCCCUCUCCUUUCAGACACUCAUGUCACAUUUAAGCUAACAAUGCCCAGCCCAAUGCCAGAGUACCUCAAUGUGCACUACAUCUGUGAGUCUGCAUCCCGCCUGCUUUUCCUCUCCAUGCACUGGGCCAGGUCAAUCCCAGCUUUUCAGGCACUUGGGCAGGACUGCAACACCAGCCUGGUACGGGCCUGCUGGAAUGAGCUCUUCACCCUCGGUCUAGCCCAGUGUGCCCAGGUCAUGAGUCUGUCCACUAUCCUGGCCGCCAUCGUCAACCACCUGCAGAACAGCAUCCAGGAAGAUAAACUUUCUGGCGACCGGAUAAAGCAAGUCAUGGAGCACAUCUGGAAACUUCAGGAGUUCUGUAACAGUAUGGCAAAGCUGGAUAUAGACGGCUAUGAGUAUGCAUACCUUAAAGCCAUAGUUCUCUUUAGCCCCGAUCAUCCAGGUUUGACUAGCACAAGCCAGAUUGAAAAGUUCCAAGAAAAGGCACAGAUGGAGUUGCAGGACUAUGUUCAGAAAACCUACUCGGAAGACACCUACCGAUUGGCCCGGAUUCUUGUCCGCCUGCCAGCACUCAGGCUGAUGAGUUCCAACAUAACAGAAGAACUUUUUUUUACUGGUCUCAUUGGCAAUGUUUCGAUAGACAGCAUAAUUCCCUACAUCCUCAAGAUGGAGACGGCAGAGUACAAUGGCCAGAUCACCGGAGCCAGUCUAUAGUGCACACCACACACCUGCUGAGGAGCAAAAAUGGCCUCCCGGGACCGCUCAGAGAAAAAGAAAAUGGAAGUAGUAGUAUUUUGGUAUGUGCAAAUAUUUCCAGUAUGUCCAUCAUUUCCUACCUGGUUUCUUCGUAUCUGUUAAUCCCAGGCAAUAGCAACUAAAAGACUAGUAGGAUCCUUUCCUGCCAUAAGAAAUGUUUUAAUGCCUUUUGAUGAAGCAGCAGAUUUUGGAACAAUCUUUUAACUCAAUUUGUAUUUAGAAAUUCUCAAAGGGCAAAAAACAAAGUUUUAUAAUGUCAGAGACUAGUAUUAAAACAAAGAACCUAAGAGAACAGUAUGUGUGUGUAUAUAUUUAAAAUGUCCGUGGAAUUAAUAGCUACUAAUUACCAGGGUAAUAAUAUUAGCACUUUCUAAGCACUUCUUAUCGAUACGUAAUGUUAGCAACAUCUUGUCUAUG